UCUUUACCAUUCUUCAGUUUCGACUUGACCGUGCGCGUUGAUUAGACAAUUCAUUUUUUACCAAUUCAUUAAUCUCACUUCGAAUUAUUUCUAAAAUGGAAACAGUUUUCAACCCUCGCCGACUAGAAAUCGAAGAACGCGUUAAACAAUUAUCUAUCGAGAGAAAUUAUCCUCUGGAUAUAACGACUGCGCAACGUACUUUGGGCCCGCGUCAUGGUGCUUUGGUACCACCUGACGGCUGCGAGAUAUUCAUCUCCAAAGUUCCUCGCGAAAUCUUCGAAGAUAUUCUGUUUCCGCUUUUUGAAACCGCGGGAUGCAUCUACAAAUUUCGUUUAUUGAUGAGUCCAUCAGGCAUCAGCAACCGAGGAACAGCCUUCGUCACCUACCAUACAUCUGAGAUGGCGGGUAACGCAAUCGAGAUGUUUGAUCAAAUGGAAAUCGCGCCAGGACAUACAAUCCAUGUGAGGAAGUCAUUCGACAACAGGAGGUUAUUCAUCGGAGGAAUUCCAGAAGAUAAAACUAAAGAUCAGGUAUGGCACGAAUUGAUUCGUAUGGGUAUGAAAGGAAUCGUGGAGGUAAUCAUGUACCGAUCGUACAUUGACCGAAACUGCAACCGUGGUUUUGUCUUUGUCGAAUUUGCAUCGCACGAAGAAGCUGGGCGCGUUCGUGCAGAGUUCAAGAACACAUUCUUUUUUGGAAAUCGUGUUCUAGUCGAUUGGUCGGCUCCAUUGCACAGCGUUGAUGAUGGCACAAUGAAACAAGUAACUAAACUAUUUCUACGCAAUUUGAACGUUCUACAAGAACCUGAAGAGUUUGCAAAUGUGAUCAUUAAUGCGUUGGGUUCGGAAUUUAGUUUGGAGAAGAUCUACAAAUAUCGCGACUACUCUUUCAUCCAUUUUAUAAGUCGACGAGACGCCCAGCGCGGUCUCUCCCUUCUUCGCGAGUAUUUCAAGAACACCAAUGUGGAAGUCUGCUGGGCCAAGCCACCACCAAAGAAAAAGAACAAGGAGAACUACUCGCCGACUUCAUCCUUGCCUGACAGCCCUUGCACAUCAAGCCAACGUCCAUACAGCAACAAUAACAUCUACUACAACAACAAUCCCUACAAGAAAUUUCAACAGAACGCUAUACAACAUGCCGCGAAUUGUUCGACUUCUAGGUUGACCAAUUGUGUGCGAGGUGAUGAAGGACAAUCGUCAUUUUGUAGAAAUUGCUUGAACUAUAUGACGGGUGAUGAACUUACUGACCGCACCGCUGGUGUUGUUCAAGCUCUCAAUUUGUAA